ACCGCACUAUUAUUUCAUUAUUAUUAUUACAUUUUGCAUUUAAUGUAUAGUUUCUAUAGUCUAUAGACUUCAGAGCCAAACAAAUAAGCCCAAAAGUAAAAACCGUACCAAAGACAUCAGGCACCCAUAUAUACAUGAUAGAUUGACUCCAUAUGUCUCAUGCACAUAUCUCUAGAUCUCUUUCCUUCUCUCUCUCUCACUCUCUCACUCUCUCACUCUCCAAAGACAACAAUGCCAAACGCGGGAUCUGAGCGGGGAGCUUCACUGUCACUGAGAAAGCAAGACACGCCCACCUUCUCCGGUAAGUUACCGUCGACCAAACAACGCUUUUCGUCGCCGGCAACAGGAGCAUCAGCUUGUCCUUCCUUUAGAAUUUACUACUACGACGGAGCCGCCGGUUCCGUCCCUUUCGAAUGGGAAUCUCAUCCAGGCACACCCAAACACCCCUCCUCUGAGCUACCUACUCUGCCACCUCUCACUCCUCCGCCGUCUCAUUUCUCUUUCUCCGGUGACCAAAUCCGCCGCCGUUCCAAAAACUCCACCAAGAAAAUCCUCGCACUAAUCCCGACCAAGCUCUUCUGGUUAUCGGGCGAUCAUAGUAGCAAGGCCAAGAAACUGUCGGCAUCGUCACCACCAUCUAUGUCGGAGAGAGUGUUGAUCGAUGACAAUGAGUACGAUCUGUUCAAGUUUCAGUCGGAAAGGAAUGUCAUGCGAAGAUUUUCAUCAUUUGACUCUUCUGCUGACUACCCCAUUCAGAGAUCACAAUCCACCUCUUGCUUCGGAAUCCGCAGAUGUUUCAUCUACUAAUUUCGCUAGAAAAUAUGGAAAAAAAUAAAACGUUAAAUUAAUUUUAUAAAUGUUUUUCAUAUAUUAGUAUAUUUUGUGUUCCAUUGUGUUAUUAUUAUAAUAUUUAAUCAGUUUGUGUCGGUAACGCAACUCUAAAUCAUAUAUAUCAUACGUUUUCCUUUUUGUUAUAUAA